AUGAUCCAACUCGCUGAAGAAUUUGCUGACUCUCGACUUAGAUGCAACUCAGUACUGCGGGAUAUCAAUGACCCUCCACUUACUAGAUGCGACUCUUCAGAGCGGGCCACUUAUAUUCCUUCAAUUCCUUCACUCACACAAGCACCUACUAGCAUCAUGGAACUCGUCUCUCAGUUUACCGAAGAUGCUGUUGCCAAGGAGGACCGUGUCUGUGGUCGACCUGCUUGCCGCAGCACAAUACUCAAAGGCGCUCCAUGCUAUUAUGUUGCCACCAUUGUGCCUGGCCAACCUGGUCGCUUCGUUUGUGAAGCAUGUUACUUGCGAUACUCACAGAAGCUUUCAACUUCGGUCCGACCCUCUUCAGUCCGCCCUUCUUCCGCACAAUCACAGUUACUUCCAAAUCCUCAUAUCAUACGCCAGACCGUGAAUGCAGCACAACGCAAGUCAACUAUCAAUCCACCCCGUGUAGUACCCUUCUUGUCUCAGCCCUCCAGUAGCACUGCGCACAUAGGCCGCAUUUCAGGCCCAGAUAUCGCUGUGCCUCUAUCAUGGCAACAAUCGCCGGCUAGUUCCAACCCGAACAUGGUAUCUGGUGCUGCAGGGUAUUCUGUGCACCAUGCUCAGUAUGGUCUGGAGCGUGAACGAUGGGCUAAAUUGGCAUAUGCUCCGCCCCCUGCAGAGACCAUCACAUUAGAGAUAUCAGCUGUAUACGAGGGAAAUUCACGGAAGAAAAGUGGGCGCGGCAUUAACUUUGGGAAUAUUUGUGAAGGAAAGAAGGACAUCGAUGCUCGCUUGGACGCCCCUGGGCUUAUACAAAUCGCUUUAGAUACUAUUCUACCGAAAAUCCUCACAUUUGGAAGGGGAUUUCCUUGGCGCACAGAAGAAUUUGUUGUCCGGGAUGCUACCUGGGUUGACCUAUCCGGACAUUUGCCUGCCAUUCCGUACUUCUUAGCUCAGUGCUUAGUCCAAUCUCGACGCGGACCAAAGACGACAACUUUCAAGACCAAGCAAUUCUUACUCAUGGUUGUUGUGCCUGCAGCGCAGUGGAGUGAGUAUGAGGCAUGGCUGGAUAAAACUAAGAAAGAAGAAAAUAUCUUGCGUGAACAGCUCCAACGACACAGAUCUAUCAUUACUGUUACUGAAGAACGAGACCCUCGAACUUCCGGCACCAACUCAGAUGACCCAUGGGCCGCACAACAAGAGGAUGAAGACCCAUUUGGUCUUGACUUCGAAGGACCAGAUGCCUUAUCUACUGUGGGACGUAAUUCCACUGUUACUGACAGCUCAGCACAUAAUCCGACACGUCCAUCAGCAAAGCGGGCUCAUGUUCGCAGAGAGAGCGACUCCACAAAUAGUACUGUGUCACCUCCUCGCAAGAAGCCAGCACCUGGUGUAUUCCACCUUCCUGACCGUAAUGAUUUGAAAGAGGCCUUGAAAAGUGGAGGUAGUGUAGAUGCUUUUAUGACUUCCGCAAUGAGGACAUUCAAUUCCAUCCAACCUGUGCGCCCACUAGCCGAUAUCUUGAAGACUCCUCAGUAUCGUUCAUUCAAACCCAACAUCUCAAAUUCGUCUAUCGGACAACUCACUAUCGAUGUCCCCAUUCGCAGCAUGAUCGGUAUCGGUGCCUUUAAGACAGCUCAUCCAGGGUGGCUCACGCUAUCUCCCCUAUCCUCCAGUGGCCUUGGGUCGCGUGCUCAGCAGGAUGUUGUCAUCCUCAAGAUUUCACGUUACGCACUACCAGAUGAGCAUGAAAAACUCCUCAAUGAAUGUAACUUGUUGUACUGGGCAAAAUCUCUCCUUGACUUCACUUACGAAUACAUCGAUCACUGUAUCAAUGCCGCACCAACUCUGCCAUCUUUUCCAAUACCCCGUGUGCGUUUCGUGGAAGCGGGCAUUGCUUUGGCGUUUUCUCGACACUCGUCAAACACUCAGGGCACCUCCGAACAAGCUCCCAUGGCAGACAUUAAGGCGGGGAUGUUUUCGGCGGUUUAUCUCCUUGAGGAGUGGGUGACGUCUGGUACUCCUAAUGAUCAGACAUUCGUGAAGUUCAUCCACAACAAGGACUACGGACCUUCACUUGAUGAGGAUGAAUACGGCUAUGACCUAGCCGUCUUUCUCUCGUUUACUCAGCACAUCCAGUAUGAAAAGACAGAGGGUCUGGCGUUCAUUUCUGAUUAUCAAGGCAGCACCGAGCUUCUGACUGAUCCUCAGAUUUUGACCCACCGCUCAGUCAAUGAAGGAAUUGAUCUUUUCGGUGACGGGAACAUUGCAAGUGUGGUGGACGACUUUAAGGCAAGGCACCUCUUCAUCAAUGGAAAGAAUCUGAAAGUCCCCUCCGAGCGCAUUCCCGCUGGCAUUUACGUAUCCAUCAAAGUCGACUCAUGUGGACGCUGGAAAUCGGCCGUCAGCGUAUUGUCAUCUGACGAAUCUGUAGCAUGGGGGAAUACCGUGACUCUAUCAUCGCAUGCCUCACCUGCAUUAUCAGUGGAGAUCUGGGCGUCUCAUGAGGUUGGUCGAAUGCUAGGAAGUGGAGAGGUCAUCGGGAAACUUCAAAUGUCGUGGGAUGAGCUACUGGAUCAUGGAGAUGAACCUUUUGUUUUGUCCUUCCCACCCGUUCGUGGUGUCCAGCCUUCCCUCACGUUGAAGGCCGUCGUCGUACAUACUUUCGACAAUCAGGACGGUGCACUGUCUGACUCCCUCGUAGACUGCAAGAUUACUCGAGACGCAGAUGCGGGCCACGCAGGACUUGCCAAAUACGUGACGUGCAAGAGGGUCUCUCACCUGAACGAUGCUGUGCAGCAUUUUCAGUUGGUUCUGGACCAGUGUCCGGUCGGCCAUCCUGACCGCGCAGCAGCCCUCACCAACCUUGCAUAUGCACGCCUUCGAGGAUAUAUUUACAAGGAUCUUCAAGACAUUGACACCUCCACUUCCCUCUUUCGCGAAGCCCUUGCAUUACAGGGCACCUACCUCAGGAGCAUCGCGGCAGGGGCUAAUGGUAUCGACUAUGUGAUCGGCGGAUGCAACAAACUUCCAGUAGACGCGUCCGAUGAGGGCAUCCACCUUCGACGAAUCAUCCUCGAGCUUUGUCCCCUUGGCCAUCAACUGCGUCCCAGUGCCCUUCACUGGCUUGCACAGGCGGUAGAAGCCCGCUUCCAACAGUGUAGCAGCAUCGAUGACAUACAUGAGACCAUACAACUUCGUCGCGAAGCUAUGUCUCUGCGCCCCGAGGGUCAUCAUCACCGUGGUAGCUACCUGAACAACUUGGCCUUGUCACUCGCGUUUCGCUUCAAUCACCAAGGCAAAUCUAAUGACCUCAAUGAGGCCAUCUUGUUGCACGAAGAAGCGCUGCACCUCCGCCCUGUUGGGCAUCAAUCUCGUGAUUUUUCAUUGGAUAACCUGGGGGGCGCUCUCAUCACCCGUUUCAACAAACGCGGCGACAAUGAUGACAUCAUCCGAGCUGUUAGCCUCCUUCGCGAAGCACUGUCAUUGCGCCCACACGGACAUCCACGUCGUGAUACCACACUUAGCAACCUUGCUGCUGCGCUCAACGCCAAAUAUGAUAAAUUGCAUGUCAGCGAGGAUCUUAACGAGGCCAUCGAUAAAUAUCGCGAAUCCCUUCGGAUAAAGCGGCAUGACCAUCCCGAGCGCCAUAGAACUCUUCGCAACUUGAGCUCGGCACUCUGUUCUCGUUUUAAGCAAACUGGAGAGAAUGAGGAUGUCGAGGAGGCCAUUAAUCUCUGCCAAGAAUCACUGGAGGCUUUGCCUUCACUGCACCCAGACAGGUAUUUCGGCUACAUGCGGCUGCAGGUGGCCUAUUUGUCUCGUUACCGAGUGCAACUCGACCCUCUUGAUUUGUCACUCGCUGUAGAUAACUUUAGACUGGCGUCGCGGCAUCCCACUCAAGGAUUCCCAGAACGCCUCAUUCAGGUAUAUAAUUGGAUUGUUGCAGCAGAGAGGCACAGUCAUGCAUCUGCGCUAGAAGCCUACGUGACAUUUCUGGAGCUUCUUGAUGGUCAUUUGGCGACACGAUCAUCCACCAUUUCACGGCGUGAAGCUGCCGCUGCCUUCCAUUAUGCCAGAUCACUGCCUGUAGAUGCUGCAGCAUAUACCGCACGCCAUGACAAUCUACGACUCGCAGUGGAACUCUGGAGACCUCGAGUCGGCAAAUCCGACACUGGCGCACAACUAUUUAGAGCUGAGGCAGGCGCGUUUCCGAUGCCGGUCCAGAGUUCUGCAACCAUCACCGACAGAGCUGCUGCUGAUCGGGCAGCAACCGAGUAUAGGAGACUUACAAAAGAAUGGGACGCCGCAGUAGCUGAAAUCCGUAAUCUUCAAGCGUUCUCGCGAUUCCUGCUCCCGCCGUUGUACGAAGACUUGCGAGCGGCAGCACGCAAGGGCCCUGUCAUCAUCUUUGUUGCCAACAAAUACUUGUGCAGCGCCAUCAUUGUCACAACAUCAGGAGAGCCCCAUCUUGUUCCCUUACCAUCUGUCGGUCUCGUAGAGCUGAAACAAUCUCAAGAAUCGCCGCGGAAUGAUCUAAUAGUGCUCUUGCGGGCAGUGUGGAACGAGAUCAUGUUACCCGUCGUCAACGUCCUCCAGCAGGACCUGAAAUUAAAAUCCCACUCUCGCAAUCUGGCUGUGUCCAACUGCAGCAUUCAUAGUCUAUUCCUCUCCACGCAGCUCACCCGUUUCGAACGAACGCAGAUCGCUCAAGGAGCCAUGCCUGGAGGAUCUCUAUAUCUGCUCUUACACGCCGACACUUUCGGCUCUGGUCAACCGGUGGCAGGGAAAUGCAAGGCGCUCUUGGAUAUCGACAACGAGCUUAAGCUUGUCCAUGAGCUUGUGCCCGCGACCACUAACCAAGGCACUGUUUCUGGAGACGCAGCCACGCGGCAGGUGCACUCAAAGCUUUGGAAGAGAACACCUGGGUGCACCCUCGCUUGCCAUGCCAAGCAGGACCCUAUGCAGCCUUACAAUUCCCAUUUUUUUAUGAGAGAUCGACUUCUAACCCUGCUGGAUAUUAUGGAGAAAAAUAUUCCAGACGCUGAGUUCGCAUUCUUAUCCGCGUGUCAUAACCGCUUUUCGGGGUUCAAGAGCGUCGUUGGCACGUUGUGGGAGGUCGACGACGCUGUCGCAAAACACGUUGUCAAAGCGUUCUACGAGAAUAUGUUCAAAGAUUCCGAAGGAUGGCAGUGUGGAUGGACUGUACGAAGGCGGCCUGGGCAACUCAACCGUGCUACACACGCCUCCCUGCUGCAUGCUUUCAUCUGAUACGGUUUCACGGGUUAUUGUAUUGCAUUAUCUUUUCGUCUCCCUUGUACAUGAGUGAUAGCAAUUACUGAAUUAACUUGUUACGUCUGCCACGUAUUCUAUGCUAUGUUGUUUUCGCGUUCGCUUUCGUUUUUUGUCUUUCUAGGAGUUUUCAACAAACUCAUUCGUUGCUCGACGGCACGUUGCCUUUGAAUGUGUCGUUUUUGCGGGACUCGGCCAGGCCCUUCAAC